AUGGAUAUUUUUCAGGUUGAAGAAUAUAAUAAAGAGACUAAUAGCAUAAAGGCCGCUUUACAUUUCUCAGGCAGUCAUUGUGGUGGCUGCCGAGCAAGAGUGACUCAAUCGUUUCAACGACCACAAGUUCAUCUUGAAGCGCAAGGUCGGCGCAAUACUGGCUCACGUUCGAAAAAAGCAGAAGGUGGAGGGAUUAAUGAGAAGCCUGAAGGUGCGGAUGUAUCUAAAUACAAAGCAGAAGGACCUAAUGAAGAGGUGGAUAUGGUGUGCCAGGAAUCAGAAGGCACAGGCGGCAGUGCAGCAAAUGUAUCAUUGACUCUCAUUUCGCAGUCGCAAGGAGCUUCGCCAGACUAUCAUAUAACUGUGUGA